AUGGAAACUGGUAUAAGGAUUAAGUUUACACCUUUGAUAAAAACAGUCCAUCGAAACAAUUCAAGAUGCAUUUUAGAAAUAAUUCCUGAACUAACUGUUCUUGAAAACAUUGAAAACAUAAAUUGGAACAAUGAAAAUGACUUUAUUGAAUAUAUUGUCCCAAUAAAAUAUAAAAUUGUACUUAAAAAAAUGACGUCAGCUAUUACAAACGAAUAUGAAAACAAAAUAUACUAUUCUUGUGUUGAUUUGUUACAUAGGACAUCUAAAAAUAAUUUAUACUUAGGUUCCGGUGAUGUUUCAAGAAUAAUAAGUGAUAAUCUUAUAUUCAGAAAUUAUACUUAUAAAAAUAAAAAUCAAAGUGAAAUUACGGUAACAAAAGACCAUACGCUUAUUUUGAAGAAAGACUAUAAAGUAGAUGAAAAUAAGAAUACAAAGAGUAUAAGUAAGGAAACAACAAAGAGAACUUGUAAAAGUAAAUAUAGUCGAGAAAAUAAAUUUAAUGACCUAAGCGAUUAUAUUUAUACCGAAGAUACCAAAAUAUUUGGUAGAAGUCUUGAUAACACAGUUAAAAAUCAUAUUAGUUUUAAAAUAAAAACGAGUGAAAAACACACUAAAGGCAACAUAAUAAAAGAUAAAGGCGAAUUAAAUGAAAUAAUUAAUGACAACCAUAUUAUAAACUCACAGCCUGAAGAGGCCAUUACUGUUUCGAUUAGAAAAUCACAAUCAAAGUUGACUUUAAGUCCUGUUUCACUAUAUAAUAACGUUAAACCACUGUUAAAGAUUGUAUAUCAGAAUACAUUUUAUAAUUCUAAUAUAUGUUUUGUUGUUGAUACAGAAGAAUCGAUCCAGAAAAAUAAUAUCGGAGUUAAACAAUCAAAUAUUUUAAACAACUAUAUAGAUAAUGAAAUAACUAAAGCAAAUUGUGAAGAAAAUAACAACUGGAGGCUUAGGUCAAAACUUGGAGUUACACCUGCUCUACGAAUAAAUUAUUACAUUCAAGUUAUGGAAAAAGAAAUUUUACCCCUAAAGAUACUGUUACAUGACAUUAUAAAUAAGUGUAAUGUUUUGGGGUUGUCUCUUAAAACAAAAUUAUUACAAAGGCCAAUAUCUAAUCCAAAUAAAACAAUUUGUUACAAAGAAAAUGAAUUUGCUUCUAAUAGAGUUGUAUAUUCAGUUGUGUCUAAUAAAUAA